CGCUUCAAGCUGAGUCAAACUCCCAGAGGUGCCACUCCUGUCCGCCUCCAGGGCGCAGGUGGAGCAGCCAUGUCCACUGGCUCCGCAGCGAGCGACCCCGAGGACUAUGAGACGUGUUUCAGGAGAGCCGCAGACCCUCUGGGCAGGGCUGUGAGGAAGACGACCUGCUACGACCCUCACCCAUAUUCGGACGAGGAGCCGGAGGCCAAGCAGGAGCGCAGGGUCUCCAGGGCGCACCAGAGGGAGGCGCGCCAGACGCAGAGGAACGCGGCCAACGCCAGGGAGAGGGCGCGCAUGAGAGUGCUGAGCAAAGCCUUCUCCAGGCUAAAGACCAGCCUGCCAUGGGUACCGGCGGACACCAAGCUGUCCAAACUGGACACGCUGCGCCUCGCCUCAAGCUACAUAUCCCACCUGAGGCAGCUGCUGCAGGAGGACCGCUUCGAGAACAGCUUUACGCGCCCAGUGAGCCUGACGUGGCCUUUCAUGAUGACAGUCCGCUCCGAGGACCAGGACAUCUCCACUGCUGCGGUUCGACUCUGCGGAGCUACAGCAUAAAGACUCUAUAGGACCUGGAGCGUGAGGAGAUGAUACAGAAACAUCCCUGUCUCUCCCAUCUUUGAAAAACCUGUUAGUGUGUGGCACGUGUGCAUGUGUGGCCCCCACGUCCUGAACUCUGGAACGUUAUUGUGUCGUGCAAGUUUACAAUGAGUGUGUGACCUCUUGUCUUCAUUUAUGUUUGAUUCGUAUAUUCUCUGGAUUUGGGUUUUUUUACGCUGUUGACUAUCGGAAAGUAUAUCACAGCUAGAUAGAAGUUUCUGUAUUCUGGUACUUUUGACAGGUAUUUGAGUGCGGUUAAGUAGUUUUUGCUUUUUUAUUAGAUUUGAACAUAUCAAGCCUCAUAAGGCCCAGGUGUGCAGCAGUGAUGGAGAUCUAUUUAUUGUGUUUGUUGUAUCCUUUAUGCUUUAAAACGUUUUCUUUUCAGAUAAAGGUUUGGUAA